AUGCCACGGUCUCACACAACAUUUUUCCUGUAUUGGGAGAUACCCCCUCCACCGUAUGGAAAUGCAAUUGGCCACAGCCAAGUUCAAAUCCGUCUAGGUUUUGGCUAUGACCGUGUCAGUGAUGAUUACAAAGUCCUGGCUUUCAAGAAUGGUUGGAACUGUAUGCAAAACCUAACACCAACAAUUACUCUUUGCAGUAACAAAGUUUAUGUUUAUAGCUCAAAACUAAAUUUAUGGAAAGAUAUCGGUGAUUUCCCAUUUCAACAAGCAACCAUGUUCCCUGACCCUAUGGAUGGUAUUCUGGCUAAUGGUGCAUUGCACUGGGUUGGCGGUCUGAACUUUAUCUUUGCUUUUGACCUUUGCAGUGACAAAUUUCGUUCCAUGCGCUGUCCUUUCUGGGAAGACCGUUUCCUCCCAAAAUUGUGCAUCUUGAAUGGUGUCCUUUGUUUGCUCUCUGAUUAUGAGUCUUGGAAUCAGAGGUUUGCUGAUAUUUUUCUAAUGGAGGAUUAUGGAGUUCACGAAUCUUCUUGGACUAAAUUAGGCUCGAUUAGAAUCCCUUUUGGCAAAUGGAUAACACCUAUAGCAUUAUCCAAGAACAAGGAGCAAGUGGUUUUGCAAAUUAGCAAGGCUACGCUGGUGCUUUAUGAUCUGGAGACGAAUUCGUUCAAUGAUGUAGCCAUGAGUGGUGCAGCAAGUUCUAUAGAUUCACCUAUAAGUCUAACUUCAUGUGUUUGUGUUGGAAGCCUUGCUAGUCUGUUCUGGAAGUCUGGUUUGUCAAAAACUGUGGAAGACAGAAAGCAUGUGAUAUUGUUAUCAUUUGACAAUCUCGAGGAAACAGCUGCAGUCUGUAGCCACCUUCCAAUGGACUGA